AUGGAACCUGAGCCAAUUGCUAUCAUCGGAACCGCGUGUCGGUUUGCUGGAGAUACAUCAACUCCUGCAAAACUCUGGGAUCUAUUGAAUAGCCCGUCGGACGUGGCAUCGAGACCACCCACUGACCGAUUCAACCUCGACGGAUUCUACGACCCCGAUGGCUCCAAUCCAGCCACAACGAAUGUCAAAGAAUCAUACUUUAUCAACGACAGUGUGAAACAGUUUGACGCACCAUUCUUCAAUCUUUCAGUCGAUGAAGCAAAUGCUCUCGACCCACAGCAGCGUAUUCUGUUGGAAGUCGUCUACGAGUCGCUAGAGUCAGCUGGAAUCUGUCUGGAGAGACUUCGCGGUUCGCCUACCGGUGUCUUUUGUGGGGUCAUGACCUCCGAUUUCGAGAACAUCCUCGCUGGAGGUCCAGAAAUGCCUCUUUAUGGUGCAGUGGGUGUGUCACGAAACAAUCUGGCUAAUCGCAUAUCAUACUUCUUCGACUGGCGAGGCCCAUCAAUGUCAAUCGACACGGCUUGUUCUUCGAGCCUAGUUGCCUUGCAUCAAGCUGUCGCCGCUCUACGUCAGGGGGAAUGUAAUGUUGCAACUGCACUUGGGGUAAAUCUCUUGUUGUCUCCACAUAUGUUUGUUGCUUUUUCCAACAUGCAAAUGCUUUCCCCAAGCGGUCGGUGCCUAAUGUGGGACGCUGAUGCCGAUGGCUACGCACGCGGUGAAGGGGUGGCAUCCGUUGUCUUGAAGCGACUGAGUGAUGCGGUGGCUGAUGGAGACCAAAUCGACUGCGUGAUUCGGGCCACAGGGACCAACCAGGAUGGUCGAAGUAUGGGCAUUACGAUGCCGUCCAGUGCUGCACAGGUUCAAUUGAUACGGUCAACUUAUGCACUUGCCGGGCUGAAUGUCGAAUGUCCAGAUGAACGACCUCAGUAUUUUGAGGCACAUGGUACUGGCACAAAGGCCGGAGACCCUCAAGAAGCAGCGGCGAUUCACCAAGUAUUCUUUGGCACAUCUUCGACAGCUACGCUAGACCCACUGCAUGUAGGGUCGAUCAAAACCAUCGUGGGUCACACGGAAGGCACUGCUGGAUUGGCCGGAAUCCUAAAAGCAUACCUCUGCAUCAAGCACGGACAGAUCACUCCCAAUCUUCAUUUCAAUCGACUGAACCCUGAGCUGGAACCUUUUGCGAACCAUUUGCUGGUUCCCACGAAAUCAAUAUCGUGGCCCAAGCUGGGCCCAGGGGUUCCACGACGCGUCUCCGUGAACUCGUUCGGGUUCGGUGGUAGCAACUGUCAUGCCAUACUAGAAAGCUAUGGCCUAGACCGUUCGGACUCUGGCUCCGUACAUACCCUUUCUCUGAGAGAGGAGGCCACGGCAGUCCUCCCUUUUAUGUUUUCAGCGGCAUCGGAAGAGUCUCUAGUCAAGGUGCUGGACAGGUAUAUCAAUUAUCUGCAGACCAGACGCCAUAUUGAUCCAGUGGAUCUAGCAUGGUCUAUGUUCGAAAGGCGCUCAGCACUGAGUCACCGCCUGAGCCUUUGGGCACCCAAUAUUGAUGAGUUGCAAACAAGGCUUCGCGACGAACUGGAUCAGCGAAAAGCAAGCCCGCCAGCCACCUUGAUAUCGCGGCCUACCCCAAGAGAGGGACGGAAGCGAGUUCUUGGCAUAUUCACUGGCCAAGGUGCUCAGUGGCCCCAGAUGGGGCUAGAGCUCAUUUCCAAAUCCCCUGCAGCUCAAGCAUGGCUGAAUCAACUUCAAGACUCUCUUGAUACCUUACCAGUGGAAUAUAGACCGACGUCCACCAUGCUCAAGGAGCUUUCUGCGGAAUCUCCCAUAUCGCGACUUCAUGAAGCAGCUGUCUGUCAGCCUUUGUGCACUGCCAUUCAGAUCAUUCUAAUAAAUGUCCUCCAGACACUUGGUGUUUCCUUCCAUACUGUGGUUGGCCACUCGUCGGGCGAGAUAGCAGCUGCCUAUGCCGCAGGUGUAUUGACCUCUCACGAUGCCAUUCGAAUUGCGCAUCUCCGCGGCUUGGUAGCUGUUCAUGCUGGGUCAAACGGUCGACAAGGAGGGAUGCUUGCAACCGGUCUCUCUAUGUCAGAGGCCUUGGACCUCUGUUCCGAAGCUACAUUCUUUGGUCGUAUUGCUAUUGCUGCUUGCAACUCCCCUUCAAGUGUCACCAUUUCGGGAGACGCGGAUGGCAUUCAACAGGCAGAGCAACAUUUGAAAGACCGCGGCAAGUUUGCACGCACUCUACACGUCGACACAGCCUAUCAUUCCCAUCAUAUGCAGCCAUGCUUGGAUCGUUAUAUGCAAGCAUUGGGAGUGUGCAAUAUAAAGCCUAGGAAGCCUAAAUCGUCAACUUUCUGGUACUCAAGCGUCUACCAGGGCGGCGUGACUCACGGGGAGACUGAGUGCACCGGACUUUCAGGGCAGUAUUGGGCAGACAACAUGGUCAAUCCCGUUCUUUUCUGCCAGGCGUUGACCGAGGCUAUAAAUCGGCACGAAGCCUCGAUAGAUCUCACUGUUGAGGUUGGGCCUCAUCCUGCACUAAAAGGCCCAGUCCAGCAAACAAUCACUGAAACAGCCUCAAACUGCACAGAGGCCCCGCCAUACGUAUCUUUGGCUAACCGGAAAAUGGGAGGGAUUGAAGCAGUUGCAAGAGCUAUCGGUACCUUGCGGGAUCACUUAGGAUCUGACGCAGUGAAUGUCAGUCAAUAUCUGGCUCUCUUCUAUCCGUCGAAGAACCCCUCAUUUAUUACCGACUUGCCUCUGUACCCUUUUGACUACGGCCAGUCAUACUGCUAUGAACCAAGGGAAGUGAAAGAAAGGCUCCAGCGGAGCAUCCCUCCCAACUCACUACUUGGGUCUCGCAGUAGCGGCACAGCAGGCGGCGAAUGGCACUGGCGGCAUUCUCUGUCACCCCAAAGGAUUGAAUGGCUUGAUAAUCACCAAUUGGAAUCGAACACGAGAUUUCCAGACACGGGAUAUAUUGCAAUGGCUUUGGAAGCGGUUGCACAAAUUGCUCCGGGAAGGCCGUUGCGAGUGGUGACGAUGCAUCAUAUUACUAUACAUCAUGCCAUUGCUUUUGUCGGCCAUGAAGAGACUGUCGAAGCGAAUUGCCACUUGCAUCAGGAAGAGUCGACUGAGGAUACCAUGUUAGUGGCCUUCACCUGCGAAGCUGCCAUCGAAGGCAAAAUGACGAAAUGCGCCUCGGGCCAACUUAACGUUGUUUGGGGAACGCCCGAUAUGUGUCUGCUGCCGCUUAGGACGCCCGCUAUCGCCGAAACGAUCCCAGUUAAAAUCGAUGAGUUUUACUCGUCUCUUUCUCGCAUCGGUUAUAACUUCAAGGGCCUCUUUCGGGGUCUCGCAUCACUAGAGCGGACUGUGGACAUGUCUCGCGGCCUGCUGAAAAAUGCCAGUGGCCUUAUGCUACUUCAUCCUGCUAUCAUGGAGACAAGCCUCCAGGGUAUCUUGGGCGCCAUUGGAGCGCCAGGAGAUGGUCAGCUAUCAUCUAUUUACGUUCCAAACUACAUUGAAACAGUCACAAUCAAUCCAGCGUUCCUUGGCCCCGCCACUUUGGAAACUGCCGGGAGCUUGCUGUCAUUUGAUGCCAUUCUCACCGAAUUUUCCUGCGAUGCUACAGCAGGUGACGUCGAGAUUUUUGGUUCUAACGGACACGGCUUUGCCCAGUUGGAAGGCAUCCAUAUCUCUCCUCUUCGUCCACCAUCCCCGUCAGACGAUCGACCUAUAUUCCAGGAGUUCGCCUGGGGGCCGCUUCAUCCAGACGCCAAUAGUUUAAGCAAAUUCUUCACGACAGAUACGACGUCCAACAUAAUGGUUGGGGACCAUGUUGCUUUCUUGAUACUCAAAGAUACCAUUUCUCAACUGAAGGAUGUCGACCGGCAAAAUUUGGGCUCGCACCAAAGCAGGGUGGUGGCAUGGAUUGACCAUGUGAUGGCGCUCACUCAAGCGGGCAUACAUCCUGUUUGUAGGAUGGAAUGGUUGAAGGAAGGAAAUGAGGAAAGGAUAUCUCUCCAGAGGCAACUUCAACCCGUAUUUUCGGAAAUUAUGGACGCAGUGCGUCUGAAUCUGCUGGGGUUUCUACGUGGGCAGACCAGCAUGCUGCAAGUUCUCCGUGAUGGUGAUCUCCUCACCCGCUUUUACAGCCAAGAAGAUGAGUUGCGGGUCGCAAAUGAGAUUAUGGGCAGGUAUAUGAAACAACUCACCUUUCGCUACCCAUCCAUGAAGAUCCUGGAGAUUGGCGGUGGCACAGGCUCCGCAACUCAUGCCGUGCUCGAGCACGUAGGGCGGUCUUACCACUCAUACACCUUCACUGACAUCUCGGCCGGGUUCUUUGAGGAUGCCCAACAUUCCCUGGUCCAUCAUGAUGACCGUUUCAUCUACAAGGUACUGGAUAUCGAAAAGGAUAUUGGGCAACAGGGAUUUGAGGAGCGAGCCUACGACCUCAUCCUGGCGUCCAAUGUGAUCCACGCCACUCGACAGAUAGAAAAAUCUCUCCAUAACAUCCGAAAGCUGCUGAAACCUGGAGGCUACCUAAUUGCCCUCGAAGUCACCAAUGUGGACAUCAUCCGGAUCUCGACUCUGAUGAGCGGUUUCGAGGGCUGGUGGCUCGGGGCCGAGUAUGGAAGGCCCUGGGGUCCCAUGCUCGGGACUGCAGAAUGGGACACGCUUCUACAACGCACUGGCUUCGGCGGCAUUGACAAUUCUCUGUCGACCCACAACAGUCCACUUGCCGCGUACUCUGUUUUUGUGGCACAGGCAAUAGAUGAGAGGAUGCAGCUGCUGCGCCAGCCUCUAACUACACACGCGACAUCACCGGCAAAGGGGAGUCUCGUACUGGUGGGUGGUGUGCUUGAGAAUACACGGCGGGUGUUGGCCGACUCGCGGACGCUCCUUGAACCGUACUUUGAUCAGAUCACUCACUUUCCCACGCUUGACGCUAUGGGUGCCCACCCACCCGCACGGCAAGAAGCUGUCCUAAUCGCUGUUGAUAUGGACCAGCCAUGUUUUCAAGCCGUGACCAAAGACACUUUGCGAGUACUGAAGGCCAUUUUCCAAACUGCGCGAUGCCUGCUCUGGAUCACUGUAGGCUCUGAGGCCAGCAAUCCUUAUAUUGGUAUGAGCCGGCGCUUUGUCAGGUCCCUGAAUCAUGAGCAACCACACACUAUACCUCAGUGCCUUAAUAUUGUCGACCCAGACCUGGUACAUGCAGAACUUUUGGCCACUAGUAUGAUGCGACUAGUCCACACCACGUUUUACAAUGACUAUCGCAUGAGAUCUCGUGUCCAUAGCACUGAACUGGAGCUCCGGUUGGAUGGCAAUAUACUGAUGAUUCCCCGUCUGGUAGAAAGUUCUUCCCGAAAUAUGAGGCGUGCGGCAAUGAGGAGAGCAGUGUAUGAUAAGGUUGACCCACAACAGUCUGCUGUUAAGCUCACUACCCGGGCUGGACCUAGUUACGAGUUGGUUGUACAAGCUCCUCAGAGAAGCUGUCAGCGUCCGUGUAUCCAGCUCCAGGUGCAUUACUCGACAUCUCAUGCGGUGCAUAUACCACCGGUUGGAUUCCUGACUCUCGCCUUGGGGCGAGAUGUUCAAACCGGCGCUUCCUUCAUCACCAUGACUGACAAACAUUCAUCCAUCAUAACGGUUCCCAAGGACUGGUGUUGCGAAACACCAGGGACCAUAUCAAGUAGCGACGAGGCUGGGUUCCUCUACCGCACUGCAUCCGCGCUGUUAGCCGACCACCUGACUCAACGGACUUUCCCCAAAUCUUCACUCCUUAUCCAUGAGGCUGAUGAUAUACUCCGUCACAUGACCUGGAUCCAAGGGACUGCCAGAGGGAUCCAUAUCUGCUUCAGCACAAGCAAGGAGAGCGAAAGUGCAGGUUCAUUCCCGCCUGUAAGCUUCGUGCAUGCGAUGAGCGCGACUCGGGUGAUUUCUCAGCUCGUGCCAUGUAAUACAUCUUUGGCUGUCAACCUCGACUCAUCCUACACUGGGGCCUUUUCGAAAAUGGUAUCGUGUCUGCCAUCUUCUGCGCGAGUGGAGCAAUUCUCUACACUUUUCCGUCGAUCCCCAGAACUCCACAGCCCAGUCAAUCUUGACGAUUCGGCUCGUUUACUUCACACGGCAUGUGCCAUGGCAAUCCGGAUUUCUCAUUCCAACCAUCGCCCCACAAUAGUUGAUAUCAAGGAGGUACCAGCUUUGGACAACCAAUUUGAGCACGCGUUAAAGAUUGUCCACUGGAAGCGUACCGGGGAAUUACGUGUCCGUCAACUGCCAGCUAGCUACCAAGUAGCACUUUCUCCGACAAAGACAUAUCUCCUCGUGGGCAUGACGAGUGAAGUCGGACGUUCUGUGUGUCGUUGCAUGUUUUCUAUGGGAGCUCGUCAUAUGGUCCUAAGUAGUCGAGACCCCAAAACGGACUCGGACUCGCAGUGGAUUGAUCAGAUGACAGCACAGGGAGCUAGAGUCGCACUUAUGACGAUCGAUGUCACGAGCAGUGAGUCAGCUCUCGCAGUUGACCAAUUUAUCCGGCAAAACUUUCCUCCUGUUGGUGGAGUGGUGAACGGAGAGACAGCUUUCCAGGACAAGGUGCCAACUCCUACCGACUUAAAGCUGGCUGAGUGCGAGCUACAACCCCACGUGCCGGGAAGUCUGCUACUGGAGGAAUUAUACGGGAACGACGACCUGGACUUUUUCAUUCUGUUCGGAUCCGCCUUGUUCAUUCUUGAUAGCAUUCGUCACUCACUUCAUGACGCGGCUACACUCUUCAUGGCCAAUCUCAUCCAAAGCCGCCGCAAACACAAUCUUGUCGGCAGCAUCAUCCGAGUAGUAGGGCUUGGACACGAUUCUCUGGUCCCAAGCGAACCAUUGGAGUUGAGCAAGAAGGAACUCGGCUCUCACGUGUUAUCUGAGCGCGAUAUACAUGAAAUAUUCGCGGAGGCCAUCUUGGCUGGGCGUCCGACUUUUGGUCAGGAUCCGGAGGUCAUUGCGGGACUGAAUAAGCAUAACCCAACCGACCACCCCAACCUCCCCUGGUAUCGAAGUCCAUCGUUAUGGCACCUAAUCGACUAUCACGCGCAGUUCAACCGUGCGCCCACACCAAGUCCGAACAUCCAGACUCGAGAGCAGCUGUCUUUGGCCACUUGCAUGGAUGAUAUUGUGCAGAUCGUGUUGCGCGGCUUCAGCGCGAAGAUCAGCGAUCGCCUUCAUUUAUCGAACAGGGACAUGGUGACGCCAGAGAUGAGCCUCGCCGAUUUGGGUGCUGACUCACUUGUUGCCGUGGCCCUCCUCAUGUGGUUCAGGAAAGAACUCGACGUCAAUGUACCUAUGCUGCAAAUCUUAGGUGGAGCAUCGAUACGUGAAAUUGCCGAGGACAUCUCACGAAAGAUUCCGGCAGGACUUUACCCAAAAUUCCCAAGAGUGUGA